GCCUGGUCCUCAGAGCUCAUGAUCUUGUCAAAUUUAAUGGGCACAUCUGAAGAAGGAAACUUGCUCAGCACCGUGAGCCCCACAGUGAAAGCACUUUUUGGCAAGACCAGCGUCUCACCGGUUUUCCCCUUCUCCCCUCGAUCUCCUUUCCAGCCUCUUAUUCCCCGGACUCCUGGCUCACCCUGGGGCCCCAUGGGUCCAGCUUCUCCCUUGGGACCAGGCUUUCCAAUAGGGCCCAUGGGGCCCGGGAAACCAGUUGGGCCCAAAGGCCCAAUGUCACCCCUUGGCCCCUCAGGACCAGUGGGACCCAUGUCACCCUUAUUCCCCUUCUGCCCCUGA